GACGUCAUCCUGCACCACUCUAUAGAGAUUAUACCACAAGAUGCAAACCACUCACCAGCAGUAAGAAUCAGAAAGCCAGACUGGAUCUGGUCCCGACAAAAAUGCAGCUCCGCCCUGUUCUACAAGCUGCAGCCAGGACCUUCUCGGUAACUCUGGUAGUACUCAUAUGGCCUGUAGGUGGCAGUGCAAUAUUUUUUGCGGUGCAUAACUUUAUACCAGAGUAAGAAGAAAGCGGAAGUCUAUGUCGCGUCUCAAUUGGCUUCAUAUCCCCUAUAUUAGUGCACUCAGUAGGGUAUGAAAUAACGGCUUUUACGCCUGGGGUAGUGUACUGUAUAUUCAAAAGGACCCGUUUUGGGAUUCGGCCCUAGAUAGUUUUAAACGACUGUUUUGUUUUCCUAGGAUGUUAGACGACAAUGAGAGAUUGGGGUUUCAGUGAAUUACUUACAAAUUAAAUCAUUUUCGAAGUGCUUAUUGUGUUAACAUUAAAUAUAGCACGAUAAGAGAGGCACAGCUGCGCUAUUUUAGCUCUGCGGAUAAACAACAAUUAGAUAAGGUUGCUAACUAGCGUUUACGUCGUGCUAAAUUACGUUCCCUAGCUAGGUAAUCUUCCAGCGGGAUUGGUCGUCGCGGUUAGUUGCUAAGGAUAAACUAAAACUGCACACCAGCGGCGCAUUCGCGUCUCAAUCGAAUCAUAUUCACAAUGGACGUGAAUUUGACCAUUUCUCUGAUGAGAGGUCAGAUGGGAGUGGUGAUUGAGAAGGCCGUGAACGCGGCCGUGGAGACGGUGUUGGGAGAGAUGAUCCGGGUGAUGAGCCUCAAGUUCGAGCAGCUCCGGAGGGAAAUGACGGCCAAAGAGAAGGAGAACGAGGACAUCAGGAAGAUGCUAGAGACGACUCGGUGUCAGAUGAAGAUCCUGCGGCAGAAAUAUGUUAAUGCACUGAACACUAAAGACGACAGACAUGCCUUUGCGCCACACAAAGCACAGAUAGGUCAGAUGAACACAACCAGACACACAGCCGGUCAACUGGACACAACCAGACACACAGCCGGUCAACUGGACACAACCAGACACACAGCCGGCCAACUGGACACAACCAGACACACAGCCGGCCAACUGGACACAACCAGACUCACAGCCGGCCAGCUGGACACAACCAGACUCACAGCCGGCCAGCUGGACACAACCAGACUCACAGCCGGCCAGCUGGACACAACCAGACUCACAGCCGGCCAGCUGGACACAACCAGACUCACAGCCGGCCAGCUGGACACAACCAGACUCACAGCCGGCCAGCUGGACACAACCAGACUCACAGCCGGCCAGCUGGACACAACCAGACUCACAGCCGGCCAGCUGGACACAACCAGACACACAGCCGGUCAGCUGGACACAACCAGACACACAGUCGGUCAGCUUGACACAACCAGACACACAGCCGGUCAGCUGGACACAACCAGAGCCCAUCAGGUCACAGCUGAUCAUGGGGUGCCACUGAGAAGACGUUCCUCAAACACAGGAUCACCCUGUGCUGAACCUCUCACACUUGCUCUCAAACCCCGAAACCCUGAACCAGCUCAUGCAGCGCUGCCUGUCGCUAAAACUCAUAAAGUGGUCCAUGAAGCUGUCCCUACAGAGAGCUGCCAAAAUGCUGAAAUUUUCAAUGAGGAGGUGCCGGGAUUAAAAGUACAUCUGGGAUUGAAAGUGGAGAACUCAAGCGGCACCGUACCAGAGAGCAUCAAUCCUCUAUGGAGUCAAACACCUCAAACGUCCACAGAUGCUGAACACACAGAGAUAGCAGACCCAAACCCCGUGGCUUAUACAAGCGAGGUGCUGAUCCCAGUCAUGGCAGACUGCCGAGAGCCCGACUUAAAGAUUAAACAGGAGGAAGCCGAGGUCGAAAUUGUAGAGGUGAAGGAGGAGCAAGCGGAGCCGUCCACUUCGGAGCUUCCUAGGAUUGAACUACAUCAGCAUUUGGCUGGAGCAGGAAUAGCCAUAGAGCUGCCAGUGACUCAACAGUGCAACCAGAUACCUUCAGUCACUGAACCGGCUUUCAUGGGUGUGGACCCAAGCACAUAUACCGAGUCUCAGCUUGCUGUGGCAGAUACGCAAAGGCAGAUGCACCCGUUCUGUAAAGAUCUGAUGCUGUAUGAGGAUUACAAGAGGAAACGUAUAGAAGUGCGUAAACGCAGCGAGACCCGACGGCGCGAGCUGGAGCGGACACUUCCGCAGGCUCUUUUGGCCGACCUGGUGAAGGAACGCAGGGAAAAGACUCGACUCCGGGUGGCCCGCUGGAGAGCCAAACGCAAGCUGCAGGCCUGCCUGAUGGCACAGGCGGCACAAUUUAACAGUACGCAGGCUCUCUACGCUCAGCACAACGGCAGGAGGAGAGCAGGGGCUGCUCCACAGCAGGGGGGCAUCGGCCUUGGCACGGCCCAGUCCGAGACUGGUGUGUACACCAUGCCGCUGCAGAUGGGCACCAGUCCUCUAUUGACAGCACAAAGACUCAGCAUGGCUGAGGGUCAAAUGCAGCCUGGAGCCUCUGUGUUUGUGCAGCAGAGAACUUCAGCAGCUGGAUCUGAGACCUACCAGUGAAACUUUAAAAAUUGUUUUGGCACAGCGAUACAGAGAGAGCGUGCAUUUCUGACCUGCAUACUUUGUUUUUACAGUCUGUUAUAAUAAGCAUUAUCAUCAUAAAAGGAUAAAAAGGUGAACCAUCCAACAAGAAGAUGGCUUUAGAUGCUUGAUGGACAUUUUCUUGCAUACGAAAAAGAAAACAAAAUUCUUGUAGUUCUUAAGGAACCCAAAGAACUACUAUUCCAUAUUUUAACGUUGCUGGAAGGAAUGUGUACACAGGUUUUCUCAACCUUGUACAUCAUGUGCAUCAGAGUUCACUGUGCUUUAGGGCUGCAACUAACGAUUAUUUUCCUCAUCGAUUAGUUGGCCGAUUAUUUUUCUGCUUAAUUGAUUAAUUGGAGGGGGCGGGGCAAACUUUCAGUGCACUUUUUUGGGGGUUUAUUUUUAAAAUAAAAUCCACAAACUGAGUGUUACAAAUAUAAACUUCAGACUAAAACUUUACACAACUGUUCGUCCAAAACAGAAAAGAACAUAACACACACACCAGAAUAUAUAUUAUUAAUUUAGGACUGUAGUUUAAUUCGGUGCUUUUUGUGCAUCCGUAAAAGUAUUUAUGCGUUAUUUUUUUAUGGAUGCACAAAAAGCACCGAAUUAAACUACAGUCCUAAAUUAAUAAUAAAAACUCCCUUUCACUGCAUCUUGUGGUUUCUGUUACUCACUGCCUUUAGGAAUAUUAUUUACUUGUGUUUACUUUUGAUCAUAAUGUUUUAAUUAGACAUUACAGAUCUUACUCGCGCUAUACUCUGUAUCAGCGCGUCUACACCGCACGUGAUCAGCAACGCAGCCUCGUUACUAAUAUCACUUCCGUUAUAAUAAACAACAGGAUUUACACUGUUAGCGAGCAAAUACAUCAUAUAAUGACAAUAAACUAGAAUUAAAUUAAACCUUUUAAGCAGCUUGCACCAGUUUCCCCUGCCCCUUACACACAGUGGAACGUUUUGGAUAUAAACAUAAGUUGGUGCUCGUGCAGCACUGUUUGAUCUCUGCAGUGUUUAAUAUAAAAUGCUCCCUGCCUUACAGGACUUUCUUCCUCAGUCACGUGACGUUUUCGCCUCCGUCUGAUGGAGAUUGAGAUCAUGUUAGGAAUAAAAGUUAACGCUAACAGAAAGUAAACUGAAGAAAGUCAUCGUCCGUGACUCUGGGUGUCUGCUAAUGCUAGCGUGCGUAUGACGUCAUGCGCCGUCGCCUAGAAGUGGCUUAUACUUCCGGUUAGUAAAAAAAAACACACUAGUGUUAUAUUUGAGAUGAUAUUACCUUUCUAAAAUCCACACACUAGACAGUAGUGCAGAGUGCAUAGUGUAAGUGUGCAGUACUUCAUUUGGGACACAACUUUAGUAUUUACUCUCCGAAGCGUGUUUUCGGAACAGAAGUAACGUAAUGAGGAAAUCUCCCCUGUGCGGCGCGCAGACCACCUAAUUGAUAAUGAGAUUCAUUGACAAAGAUUUUCAUAAUUGAUUAUUAUUGAUUUUAUCGAUUAGUUGUUGCAGCUCUACUGUGCUUGGACCUGAUACACGAUGAAAUCUUCAGGGGCCACAUGAAAGACGUGUCAGAUGAAGCAAUUGCUGAAUUCUGACCGAUAGGACAGCUAUAUGGCAGGAAGGACAAUAAAUUUAAAGGACUGGACCUUGAGGCUUGCAGAAAUAAGAAAGAAACACGCUUCUACCAAUGAAUAGGACGUAUUAUAGGCUAAUUCUUUCGCUUGAAGUCCAGUUGUGUGUUUUUAUAUACCAAAACAUUUGUAAUUGUGUCACUGUUUAUCAACCUUUCUUUAUCCCUUACAAUUAAACGUUUUUUUUUUUGUCAAUGUGUCUUUAGGACUAAUAUUUGUAAACCACAUCAGUACAGAUUGGCUGACCACAUCUCCUAAAAUAUGUAAUACACUGUGAUGAAUAAUGGCCUAAUUAAUGUCUCCCUGUAGAUACAAAUUAGUUGUCAGUAGGACAACAGCUGGCUAUCUUACAUUGUUUUCCAAGUUAUAAUAAAGGAUGGAAAAUUCAAAAGUUCCAUAUAUGGACAGGGGUGGAACUUGUUGAAAAUGCUGUUUGAUAGUCCAUUACUCCGCAAUAUGGUGUGUUUGACAUUUCUGUAAGGAGCAGAUAAUGAAAUGAUUAUGAUGCAAUAUUUAUUUAUGAUUACAAGAUUUUGUGUGUGUGUGUCUGUAUAUAUGUCUAUGUAUACCCAUCAGCUAUAACAUUAAAACCACUGGAAGGUGAAGUGAAUAACAUUGAUUAUCUUGUUACAAUGGCACCUGUAAAGGGGUGGGAUAUAUUAGGCAGCAAGUGAACAUCAAUUCUUGAAGAUGAUGUGUUGAAAGCAGGAAAAAUGGGCAGGCAUAAGGAUCUGAGUGACUGACUAGGGCCAAAUUGUGAUGGCUAGACGACCGGGUCAGAGCAUCUCCAAGCAUGGAAGGUCUUGUGGGGUUUUCCCGGUAUGCAGUGGUUAGUACCUACCAAAAGUUGUCCAAUGAAGGACAACCGGUGACAGUGUCAUGGACGUGCAAAGCUCAGGGAUACACGUGGGGAGCGGAGGCUAACCCGCCUAGUCCGAUUCCAUAGAAGAGUUACUGUAGCAUAAAUUGCUGAAAAAGUUCACACGGGCUAUGAUAGACAGAUGUCAGAACACUGCGUUGCAGCUUGCUGAGUGUGAGGCUGCAUAGGCACAGACUAGUCAGUGUCUCCAUGCUGACCCCCUGUCCACUGGCCAAAAAUGUCUACAAUGGCUGGGGGAGCCUCAGAACUGGACCAUGGAGCAAUGGAAGCAGGUGGCCUGGUCUGAUGAAUAACGUCUUCUUUUACAUCAUCUGGACGGGCAGGUGUGUGUCGCUUACCUGCAGAUGAGAUUGCACCAGUGUGCACUAUGGGAAGAGUGUGAUGCUCUGGGCAAUGUUCUGCUAGGAAACCUUGGGUCCUGGAGUUCAUGUGGAUGCUACCUAAACACUUGCAGACCAAAUUCACCCCUUCAUGGCAACAGUGUUUGCCAAUGGCAGUGGCCUCUUUCAGCAAGAUAGAAUGUGCCCUGCCACACUGCAAAAAUUGUUCAGGAAUGGUUUGAGGAACAUGACAAAGAGUUCAAAAGGCCUCCAAAUUCCCCAGAUCUCAAUCUGAUUGAGCAUCCAUGGGAUGUGCUGGACAAACUAGUCUGAAUUAUGGGGGCCCCACCUCACAACUACAGGAGCUGCUGCUAAUGUCUUGGUGCCAUAUACCACAGCAAACCUUCAGAGGUCUUGUGGAGUCCAUGCCUCGAUAGAUCAGAGCUGUUUUGGUAGCACAAGGGGGACCGACACACAAUGUUAGGCAGGUGGUUUUAAUGUUAUGGCUGAUUUGUGU